AUUUCAUUCCAAAUCUACAACAAACAUAUCCCCAAAAAGCAGAGCGGAGAGAAUCAGGAUGGGCAGUCCAACGGCGACGGCGCCAUGGAAGCAGCUUCUCCUCAAUGCGCUGCACUCCAACUCCGGCCUCAAGCACUCCUCCUUCUUCCAGCUCGCGACUGUCGGAUCCAAUGGAAGACCCUCCAAUCGAACCGUCGUCUUCCGGGGGUUUCAAGAGAACACCGAUAAGAUCCAAAUUCAUACCGAUUCCCGCAGUCGCAAGAUUGAAGAGCUCAAGCACAAUCCUCUAGCUGAGGUAUGUUGGUACUUUACCGACUCUUGGGAGCAGUUUCGGAUUAGCGGAGUAGUUGAGAUGAUUGAUCACUCGAAUCCCGAUAGCCUGAAGCUUCAGCAACGAGAGAAAGCUUGGCAUGCUUGUUCUGUGAAAUCCAGACUACAGUACUUGGGACCUACUCCUGGCCUCCCCUCCAUAAGCGAACAUUUUACAGAUGAAAAUUCUUUAGAUUCUUCGACCGGCCCUGUAGAUUCAUUUUGUCUGCUGAUUCUGGAUCCGGAUCAGGUUGACUAUUUGAAUUUGAAGAGUAACCAGAGGAUGACUUUUAAAUCGACUAAAAGUCAUUCUGAAGAGAAAUGUUGGGUUUCAGAGAGGAUUAAUCCAUGACUUUUUUAUUUAUCUAGUAUCUGAUCUUCACAAUCUACACAGAUAAAAUGGCGAAUUCAGAGCAUUUCCAGUGGUUUUCUUUAACACCAACAUUUCUAGGCUGAUGUUAUCUGCAGAUAAUCUCUCAAUCUUUCGGCACCAUGUGUAAAAGAAUAAGCCUUUUCACCUGGGAUUAGUAAGCCAAGCACAAAAUUCUCCAGAGAAGCGAGCAGAUGCAUCUGUAUGCAUACUUUAGUAUGGCCAAAGACUGACGAACUUUGAGGAGUACUUGGCAACUUUUCAGUUGCUUUGCCAUCUUGAGGAACAUUUGCUAUCCUCCAUAUGGUAGGUUCCCAUGGUCAGAGGUAUUUUCCUUGAUCAAGAGAAUAUAAGAGAGUCACGGGUAUUUGUGCUUGA